UUUUGGUGCUCAGAUGGCUUCAAUGCAGACACAGUUUUCUACUGUUUUUGCCGAUUCCUAUGCCAAGGAAAAAGGCAGUGACUCUUCCAAUGAUGAUGAUGGAGGUGGUGAUGAAGCAGAUUUUGAUUUAAAUGAAUCUGAAGAAACUGAUGAAAAUGAAGAAGAGAAUGUUAUGGGUGAUGACGAAGGGGAGGGUAGUGAAGGUGAAGAGAAGGAUGAUCAACCCGAUGAAGAUUCUGACUCAAAAGAAAAAAAUGAUAAUGGCAGUGAUGAUGAUGCCACUGAUAGUGAGGAGAAGGUAGAUAAGUAGACAAUGUAACUAGGUUUUAGUUACUUUGUGUGGUUUAUUUUGUUGUAAGUCCGUUUUAGGUAGUGCUCUUGUAAUUCUAUGUUAUUGUUAUGUCUCUUGUUAUGUUUUAUUUUUCGUAAAUUUGCAACUAUUU